CUCCGCCCAAGGCCCGGUUUUCCGCCUAGCAGAACUGGUGCUGCACAGCUGGGACCCUCACACCGGUGCAAUGGAUGUGUCAUGGGCCACGCAAGAGAGUGAGGCAGUGGCGGAGAAGGUGCUCCGGUACCGACGGGACGAGUCGGGCUGGAAGAAGUGCCGGGAAGUCAAUGGAGUUUCAGUUUCCUGGAGGCCAUCUGAGGAGUUUCCAGGGAAUCUGUACCGAGGAGAAGGGAUUCUGUGUGGGACACCAGAAGAGGUGUGGAAUUGCAUAAAGCCAGUUGCUGGAGGUCUCCGGGAGAAGUGGGAUGACAACGUGACCAGUUUUGAAAUUGUCCAAAGCAUCACAGAUGUGCUGUGUGUAAGCAGAACAUCCACACCCUCGGCUGCCAUGAAGCUGAUUUCUCCCAGGGACUUUGUGGACUUGGUGUUAGUGAAGAAAUAUGAGGAUGGCACCAUCAGUUCCAAUGCUACCCACGUGGAACAUCCACUGUGUCCUCCAAAGCCAGGUUUUGUGCGAGGAUUUAACCAUCCAUGCGGGUGCUUCUGUGAACCGCUCCCAGGGGAGCCUAACAAAACCAAGCUGGUCACAUUCUUCCAGACAGACCUGAGUGGCUACCUCCCUCAGAGUGUGGUAGACUCCUUCUUCCCUCGCAGCAUGGCUGAGUUCUACCCCAACCUUCAGAAGGCAGUGAGGAAGUUCCAUCACUGACACAGUCGCCUAUUGGCAAGAAAUGCCCUUCAGGAGCUCCAGCUGUUGAGUCUCAAAGAACACAGAAGAGCUCCUGUGGCCUCUUGAGAUGCCCUAGUGAAUGGGAAGUCUCGGGGAGCAAGCCUAGGACAGCACUCCCUUUCCCCCUCACACCCCUCCUUCCUCUUGGGCUUGGUGUGGAAGGAGCUGUCCAUCAGUUUGCAGUGGGACACACACCACACCACACACAUACACACACACACACACACACACCUAGGCUUGGUGUGGAAGGAGCUGUCCAUCAGUUUGCAGUGGGACACACACCACACCACACACACACACACACACACACACACACACACACACACACACACACCUAGGCUUGGUGUGGAAGGAGCUAUCCAUCAGUUUGCAGUGGUACACAUGCCACACCCCACACACACACACACACACACACACACACACACACACACCUAGGCACACACCUAGGCUUGAUAUGGAAGGAGCUGUCCAUCAGUGCAGUGGGACACACACACACACAUACACACACCUGACAAGGCAGGUGUUGCUGUGGUCACCUAACACAGACAUGGCUCAAGCACCCUUUGGUUCCUUGUGGUCCAGGGCCCUGUGGGUUGCUGUCAGAUACCUCAUCUCUCUGUUGGUCUUAGAGAAUCGUUGUCUACCCUGGUCACUAAGUCCUCUGGCAUCUGGAGCUCCCAGACUUCUGCACCAGACUCCUGUGUUCAUUUUGUGAUACAAUUUUAUAUACAAAUUCUUAACACAAGAUUUUCCCUCCCUUGCAAAGAUGUUAACUUGGAAAAUAUGUUUUAAAGCACAGAAUAAGCCUUAAGGAAAAACACUUUCUACCUAA